CAAAGGAGUUAUUUUUGCACCUAAACAUGGAUAGUAAGUUGAGGAACAGGAGUAGUAGGAGUAGCAGAAAUCUGUAUAUGAAGGAACAAGAAGACAAUGAUGGUGCGGACUCCCCUCCUUCAAAUUCCACCCUCUUCAACAUUGAUGCCUUGGUUACUUCUUCUCCAUCAUCUUCAAGUAAGAGAAGGCGAGGCGUAGAAAAAAGGGUGGUGCAUAUAAGAAUAAAGGAGGGAGAAGGACCAAGGCUAAAAGGGGAAAACAACACUCCACCACCCUCAGAUUCAUGGGCAUGGAGGAAGUAUGGCCAGAAACCCAUAAAAGGUUCCCCUUACCCGAGAGGAUACUACAGAUGUAGCAGCUCAAAGGGGUGUCCGGCGAGAAAGCAGGUAGAGAGAAGCCGAGUGGACCCCACUAUGCUGGUAGUUACAUAUUCAUGCGAACACAACCAUCCAUGGCCUUCUUCACGAAACCACAAUAGAUCGUCUAAUAAGAAGCCCCAGCCCUCCGCCGAGGACCUACUUGUGGACCCGGUCGAACCGGAUCUUGAGGGCCACGACUCCAUCAUUCAUGACCUUGGCUGGUUCCGUGACAUCUCGGGGGAUCCCACCCCGUCUUUGCCCGCCGUACUGGACAGCCCCAUAAUAUUCUCUGGCUACGAUGAUGCGGAUGUGGCGACCUCGGUGGUGCUGCCCAUGGGGAAGCUGCCCGAGUGCUCCCUUGUGUUCCGGCGGGGCGACGACUCGCUCUUUGCGGACCUCGGAGAGCUGCCCGAGUGCUCCCUUGUGUUCCGGCGGGGGCUCUUGGAGACGGCGGAGCAACGGCGGCGCUGGUGUGGGACCCCAAGUUGAUUACGGAACUGGUGGUGCUACAGCUUGGAUCGGAAUUAUACUCUACAUUUUCAAUUAUUUUCUUUUUCUUUAUAAUUUCGGUUUGUUGAGGAUAGGAAAAAAAAAAAAAGAAAAAGAAAAUAGAAAAAGAGAGAAAUGGGAACAAGUGGGGAUGAAAAGGGGAAUAAAUAAGAUUAAAAAAAGAUUAAUUAGGGAGGGUAUGUGUAUGUGUUGUAUCUUGUAUGUCUGAACGUGGUUGUAAUUAGCAUAACUUGGCCGUCUAUCACCAUCUUCUAUUA